GAAUCUCUCUAGUCCGACACCACAUCACCACAAUAAUCAGGCACUCAUUUAGGAGACUGACGGAACGACGUCGAGGAUACCAGUGGUCCCUAGUCUCCGAAUAAAGUCAGACGCCUUCUUUAUGGACGCGCCGCACGCCAGUACGAUUCCGUAGUUGAUCGCUCGGUGAUCGCGUUUGUAUCCGUAUCAUAGCCAGGAGAAAAGCUCGAGUUCUCUCCUAGUCUUGACUCGUCCUGAUGGCGUCGUGUCUCCGCGCCCCGAAUUUCCGCCCAAUGCUCCUCCGCUCCCCCUCUCUCUCCGCCUCCACUUCCGCCGUCGCCGGAGGCUUCCUCCAAUCGUUAGGUGCCACGUCACCAUCGAUUUUUCUCCCGCCAACGUGGCGAGGCCGGUUCUCCUCCGCCGGUUCGUCCGCCAAUCCCGCCUCCCCCGCCGUCCGCAGCGAAUCCGCAGAUCCCACAGUGGAAACACGUUCCGCGGAAAGCGCAGGAGUAAGCGCAGCGGAGCCGGAAGUUUCCGCCAAGAAGGGCAAGGGCGGAAAGAAAGGCGGAGGCGGAGGAGGUCAGGGCAAAGGCGGCGGGAAAAGCGGCGGGGGGUCCGCGGAGGCGUCGAAGAUCGCGUCGCGGUCGGAGAAUUUUAGUCGGUGGUAUUUGGACGUGAUUAGGGAGGCUGAGCUGGCGGACUAUGGGCCAGUGCGCGGCACGAUGGUUAUCCGGCCGUACGGCUACGCGAUCUGGGAGGCGAUCCAGUCGUGGCUGGACCGCAAGUUCAAGGAGACAGGCCACGAGAACAUGUACUUCCCACAGUUCAUCCCAUAUUCCUUUAUCGAGAAGGAAGCAUCCCACGUGGAGGGAUUUUCACCUGAGCUGGCUCUUGUGACUAUAGGGGGAGGGAAGGAGCUCGAAGAACGGCUGGUGGUCCGCCCCACGAGUGAGACCAUCGUGAACCACAUGUUCGCCCAGUGGAUCCAGAGCUACCGCGACCUGCCCCUGCUGAUCAACCAGUGGGCGAACGUGACGCGGUGGGAGAUGAGCACGCGGCCGUUCGUGCGCACGCUGGAGUUCCUGUGGCAGGAGGGGCACACGGCACAUGCUACUGCCGAGGAGGCCGAGGAGGAGGCUCUCCGCAUGGUGGAGGUCUACCGCCAGUUCGCCUGGGAGCAGGCGGCAGUGCCGGUGAUUGUGGGUCGGAAAUCACCCAACGAGACGUUUGCGGGAGCAGAGAGGACGUACACCAUUGAGGCCAUGGCGGGGGAUAGGCGGGCGCUGCAGGCUGGCACCAGCCACUUCCUUGGGCAAAACUUCGCUAAGGCGUUUGGCACCAAGUACCUGGCAGAGUCAGGCGCGCAGCAGUACGUGUGGCAGACGAGCUGGGGAGUGAGCACGCGCAUGGUGGGGGCGGUGAUCAUGGGCCAUGGGGACGACAUGGGGCUCAAGCUGCCUCCGAAUCUGGCCCCUAUUCAGGUGGUGAUAGUGCCGAUAUGGAAGGCCGAAGGGGAGAGAGAGGCAGUGAUGGAGGCGGCAGGGCGGGCGGAGGGCAUACUGCGGGCGGUGGGGGUGAGAGUGAAGCUCGAUAAGACAGAGCAGAGGACUCCGGGCUUUAAGUUUAACUUCUGGGAAAUGAAGGGCGUUCCUGUGCGCAUUGAGAUCGGCCCUCGCGACGUGGCAGCCAACACGGUCGUGACAGCGCGGCGCGACCGGCCAGGGAAGCAAGGGAAGCAGUUUGGGGUCUCGAUGGGCGGCGAGGGGCAGGAGCUGGUGUCUCAUGUGCAGGCGCUGCUGCAGGACGUGCAAGCGGGCAUGCUGGCUGACGCAGUGGCGUUCAGAGACAGCCACAUUGUGGAGGUGGCCUCGUAUGACGACCUCAAGACCGCCAUUGCCAGCGGCAAGUGGGCGCGAGGGCCCUGGACCGGCAGCAACGAGGAUGAGCAGCGGGUGAAGGAGGAGACGGGUGCAACAUUACGCUGCUUUCCCUUCGAGCCGAAGCUGUCGGAUGCCACCUGCUUCUUCACCGGGAAACCGGCCACUGAACGGGCGAUUUUCUCCCGUGCCUACUGAUGUUGCAAUGAGCAUGAGUGAGCCAAGCUGUGCUGCUUUCCCUUAAAGCCCAAGGCUAAAAUAGCAAACCCCAUUCAAGUUGGGCCCAGCUUGAACAAGAGAAUGGGCUUGGUUUGAACCAGAGUUGGGUUUUUUGGGGGGGGGGCAGCAGGCUAUGUUUGAAAUAGAUUCUGAAGCAGUUUGUGCAUUGAAACUAUCGAAUUGGGGUUGAACCACUGUCCACUUGCUCGCGUGGCGGCAAUCUCGCUUGUCGUACAGAGGCGAGGUGUUGCACGAUUUCCGAUCCCCCCGUGACACUAGA